CUGUUCACCAAAAGAGGAAAUCUCGUCUUUUCAUCGCAGCUCGAAAUCCAAGCCGGUGAGACAGACAACUUUGCUGUGUUUUGGACCAUGGGAGGUUAUUAUGGUCUGGUGUUUCUGGUGGUCUUCACCCUGAUUCCUGCCCGAUGUGAUGAGAGUUGUGGGGGGGGAGAUGGCCGGGCGGGGGAUGCAGGAGCUCCAGGGAGAGACGGAUAUUCAGGAGCCAAGGGGGAGAAAGGAGACACAGCGGUGAUGUUGAAGGGUCCGGUGGAUGAGGCGGUCCUGAGGAAGCUGAAGGGGGAGGCGGGGGGGCGAGGCCAGCAGGGGGUCAUGGGCCCUAAAGGGUACCGAGGACAUCUGGGAGCCGCGGGACAACCUGGAGAGCCCGGUCGCCCCGGAGCCGAGGGGAAGGGCAUCAUCUCCGGUAAGGAUACGACUUAAAGUAUAAACCA